AUGGGUUACAGUUACUGCGAAUUUGAAAGGGCUGAGAAUGAGAGGGAAAUAUCACGUAAUCAACGAGCAACACAGUUAACAAGUUUAAGGGCUCGAUAUGAGAGGGAAAUAUCACGUAUUCGAAGAGAAAUACAGUUAACAAGUGUAAGAGGGGCUGGGGAAUUACCCCGCUGUGAAACAACGACGCUGCAGUUUCAAAGUGUAAGGGAUGAGAGGGUAACAUACAGACCAACAUUGCCACCACCUACAAUCUUCACAGAUGAUUGCACCAUUUGCAUGGAACAACUUCAGAAUGGAGAGUCCAUUCAACCUUCUAGAGUGUGUGUUCAUCAAUUCCACUCCUCUUGCAUCCGCACUUGGUUGGAGAUGGGAUACACUACUUGUCCUCUCUGCCGCAAAAAUUUUAUCUAUUAA